AUGGAUACCAAGAGCCAUCCGACACUGCAAGGCUAUCAGCGACCAGCACAGAACAUUCAUCAAGGCAGAAAUCCAGGUGUGAAUUUGAUACAUAAUGACCUAACUGGUGCUAGCGGUCAAUCGGUGAACGGAGUGAGCCCAAAUGUCCCUGGGGGCCUUGGAAAACGAGUAAGAAGACCGUCUCUUAUGUUUGAGGGAUAUGAAAUAACAAAACCAGCUCCACAACAAACUUCUGAACCGCUAUCGCCAGAGACUCAGGAAGUGAAAAUGGAACAAAAACGUCAACAUGGAAGACAGACUAAUCAGUUGCAAUACUUGAGAAAUGUGGUCAUGAAAGCAGUAUGGAAGCAUCAGUUUGCGUGGCCAUUCCAUGCUCCGGUUAAUCCUGCUGAACUUGGUUUACCGGAUUAUUUUGACAUUAUCAAAAAUCCAAUGGAUCUCGGAACAAUAAAGAAGCGACUUGAAAGUAAUUACUAUUACAGUGCAAAAGAUUGUAUUUCAGAUUUUAAUCUCAUGUUUACAAAUUGUUAUUUAUAUAAUAAGCCAGGAGAGGAUGUUGUACUCAUGGCACAAGCAUUAGAAAAGCUAUUUCUCACCAAAGUUGCGCAGAUGCCUCAAGAAGAGAUAGAAAUUCCACCUCCAUCAAAAGAAGCUGAAUUUUUUGGUCACACUACCACCCCUUCCAAGUCUCAUACUCGAUCAACGAAAUCAGUUACACCACCAAAGUCAAAAGCAUCAUCAAAACUAGCUACACCACCAGUAUUACUGCCUAUCAAGGAACCUGUGAAUCAGCCAGAGCUCUCGCAUGGAUCAAAAUCAGUAUCUCACCAUUCUAUACAACCGUCAAUACCAGAUAUACCAGAGUCUUUGCUGCAAGCUUUAUCACAACCUAUUACUCAACCCAUCUCUCAUCCUAUGAUGCACACUAUGCCACCAGCAAUGAUGCAAUCCAUGCCACAUCAAAUGACAACAUCAGAUUCUAUGUCUUUUUCAAUGUCGUCCCAGGUCUCACAGUCCAUGUCGCAUGUUACACAACCCAUGUCACACACGACACAGCAUUUAACACAACCUACAUCACAUUUUACGCAACCUAUUUCACAUGUUCCACAACCCAUUCCACAUAUUACGCAACCAAUGUCGCACAUUGCCCAGCCCACGUCGCGUAAUUCACAGCCAACACCGCAUAUUGACCAGCCCACCUUGCGCAAUUCCCAGCCCACGUCUCGCAAUUCACAGCCCACCUCGCGCAAUUCACAGCCCACGUCUCGUAAUUCACAGCCCACCUCGCGCAAUUCACAGCCCACGUCUCGUAAUUCCCAGUCCACGCCACACAUUGCCCAGUCCACGCCACACAUUGCCCAGUCCACGCCACACAUUGCCCAGUCCACGGCACACAUUACCCAGCCAACGUCGCACAUUACCCAGCCAACGUCGCACAUUACCCAGCCAACGUCGCACAUUACCCAGCCAACGUCGCAAAUUUCACAGCCAACGUCGCAAAUUUCACAACCCACAUCACAUGGUACUGAACUUAUGUCGCAUCCAAUGUCACAACGCACAUCUCAUCAUGUAACACAGCCUACAUCACACUCUGUGAUACAACCUGCACUGCACCCUAGAACGCAAGCCAUGUCGCAUGCAGUGGCUCAACUUGUUUCAAAUGCCGAAAUGGAACAGAUGUCACAGCCUGCAAGGCAACCUGUCAUACAACCAGCUUUGCAACCCUCAAAUGAAUCUAGCCCAGUAGAAGACAAGGCAUACUCACCGCAACUACCAUCUCCGCCACAUGAGCCUGAUGCAGUUAAGUUUAUGGUUGGUGAUGAGGACAGCAAUUCCUUUGAUCGUAAUACGCCAUCACCCCCUCCAGAGAUAUCUCGGUCUUCACCACCAAAAACAGAACCUCCUAAGUCUGAACAGAAACCUGAUGUCCAUAAGCUACCACAAAGACAUGGCGUUUCUUUUAAUGUUGGUGCUGUCCCGUCACCAGGUAUUGGAGAGAAUUUGAAAAAGAGUGUACAUCCUGUAUCAAAAAAGGACUUCAAGAUUCGUAACAUUGGUUCCUGGUCCAACCUUGCCAAAGCUGAUGUGAAUGUUAGUUCUGGUGCCACCACUGUACUGCAUUCCACUGCUCGUACAAGCUAUAAACAGUUUCAAAGGCAGGCCCGUGAAAAAGAGGAAAGAGAACGUGCAUUACGUACACAAGAAGAGAGUCGACGACAGCAACGUGAAAUUGUUGAACGAGACCGGAUACGACAGGAGCGAGAAAGGCAAAGAGAAAAGGAAGAAGAUGAUGCGCUAGAAAGGGCUAGACACACACAAAAAGAGGAAUUACAGAAACAACAAAGUAAAUCCCAGAUGGAAAGAGAGAGGCGGAGAGAACAAGAAAGGCGCCGACGGGAAGCUAUGGCUGGUGCUAUUGAUAUGAACAGACAGAGUGACAUUAUGGCAAACUUUGAAGAGAUGUUAUGAUGUUGCAUUUAUCAGUGCUGUACCAUUUUCGUGCAAUAUUCUUUCCAUAUAUGCUUGAAAACAGAAUGUACAAUUACCACAAUUUGCAGGUGAACCUUAUAUCCCUCAAAGCUAACUUUUAUCACAGGAUGAUUAAACCGUAAACUCUUCGUCUCCCAAGGCAUUCUGGUAUAUUGAAGGGAGACUGAGAAAAGAAGAAUUGUCUGCUUCCUGUUUUGGUUUUUGAUUCUUCAUGCUUAGUGAUGUUGUGUAUACUGCCACUGCCUCAUUUUAUAUCGUAGUAUGUAGAGAAAUUGGAUUCCUGUACAUGUUGACCUUGAUGAUACCCAAAGACCUGCAAGUUUUCUGGGAGCUGAGCGAAUACUGGUUCAUUCAGGUGUUUUGUGUUUGGCACUGCUCUUCCUGACUAAAGCCUAUUGAACAGUAUGGAAGGAUGUGCAAAUACUAAUGCCUUAAGUUUAUCCAGUAAUUGAGACUCUGAGAUAUCAACAGAAACUUCACCUGGCCUGUGUAAUAUUCAUUAGCAGAAGUGGGAACGAAAUCUAUGCUGUACAUCUCUACAGGAAUAAAUCAUGGCCAGGUUCAACAACUGUUAAUAUCACCAUGG